AUGUUUCGCCUUCGAUUUCUUCCUGUUGCAGCAGGGCUGUCUGCUGUUUCACGGCGUUACCAUGGGACAGCACAUCACCCUAGGACCAGGCGCAGGCUCGUGGUGGCGGCUUUCAUAGGGACAACUGCAGCGACAGCAAGUGCCAGAUUCCUUUGGCAGAGGGCCUACGCGGAAGACUCAUCCUCUGUAAAACACGAUCCGAGGACAGAGCCGAGCGAGAAGGUGAAGCACGAGGAGGAGGAGGAGAGCAGUGGCAGGGAGGGUAGAAAGGCCGUUGCAUCAGGUGACGAGGGGACUCCGCCAGAAGGGAAGAAGAAGAAGCGUUCCGGGUUCAGGGACCGUAAGGUGAUGGAAUAUGAGAACAGGAUCAGAGCCUACUCCACACCGGACAAAAUCUUCAGAUACUUUGCCACUUUGAAAGUCAUAAAUGAGCAUGGUGAAUCGGAGGUUUUUAUGACACCGCAGGAUUUCGUGAGAUCGAUAACGCCUAAUGAAAAACAACCGGAAAACCUGGGCCUGGAUCAGUUUAUAGUGAAACGCUAUGAUGGGAAGGAUUUCUGGCAGAAAUUAUCCCAGGAGCGAGAGAAGUUUGCCGAUGAAGACAGCAUAUUUUAUGCGCUUGGAGAAUGUGGACUCAUUUCUUUUUCCGACUACAUCUUCCUUACAACAGUCCUUUCCACUCCCCAGAGGAAUUUCGAAAUCGCCUUUAAGAUGUUUGAUCUGAAUGGUGACGGCGAGGUGGACAUGGAAGAGUUUGAGCAGGUCCAGAGCAUCAUUCGCUCCCAAACCAGCAUGGGCAUGCGCCACAGAGACCGGUCUACAACGGGGAACACCCUGAAAACUGGCUUCAACUCUGCACUGACAACAUACUUCUUUGGGGCGGAUCUGAAGGGGAAGCUGACCAUCUCCCACUUCCUUGACUUCCAGCGCAAACUGCAGCACGAUAUUCUGAAGCUCGAGUUUGAGCGGCACGACCCAGUGGAGGGGCGGAUCACGGAGCGGCAGUUCGGCAGCAUGCUGCUGGCCUACAGCGGGGUGCAGUCCAAGAAGCUCACUGUCAUGCUGAAGCAGCUCAAGAAGCACUUCCAAGACGGAGAGGGGCUGACGUUUGAGGAGGUGGAGAGCUUCUUCACUUUUCUGAAGAACAUAAAUGAUGUGGACACAGCUUUGAGCUUCUACCACAUGGCUGGAGCUUCACUUGAUAAAGUGACGAUGCAGCAAGUGGCCAGGACGGUGGCCAAGGUGGAGCUCUCGGACCAUGUCUGCGAUGUGGUGUUCGCGCUCUUCGACUGCGACGGGAAUGGCGAGCUGAGCAACAAGGAGUUUGUUGCCAUAAUGAAGCAGCGCCUUAUGAGAGGCUUGGAGAAGCCCAAGGACAUGGGCUUCACGCGACUCAUGCGGGCGAUGUGGAAAUGCGCCCAGGAGACGGCGUGGGACUUCACCAUGCCCAAGCAGUAG